AUGGGUUUCCAAUUGAAGCAACUCUGGUCUGCACCAGAGAUCAACCCCUACAACAAGAAGGCGAAGUCGAUUCCCAUCUUCAACCCUUUCGACAAGUAUGGACGGGUGUUCUUCUUCUCAUACCUAGGAUUCUUCAUCGCGUUCUGGUCAUGGUACGCGUUUCCGCCUCUGCUUUCCGUCAGCAUCAGGCAGGAUAUGCAUCUCUCCCAGAAUGAAGUCGCCAACUCCAACAUCAUCGCUCUCACGGCCACACUACUUGUUCGAGCUAUCGCCGGACCCAUGUGCGAUAACUUCGGUCCCCGGAAGACCUUUGCGACACUUCUCUUUCUCGGUGCCGUCCCAACUGCCAUGGCAGGCACUGCACACAAUGCCAUGGGCCUGUACUUCAUUCGCUUCUUCGUCGGUAUCCUUGGCGGUACCUUCGUUCCUUGCCAGGUCUGGACGACGGGUUUCUAUGACAGGAAUAUCGUCGGAACCGCUAACGCCUUGGUCGGUGGUUGGGGUAACUCUGGAGGUGGCAUCACCUACUUCGUCAUGCCUGCCAUCUACGACUCUCUCAGGCAUGACCGAGGCCUGAGCUCCCAUGUCUCAUGGCGAGUGUCCUUCAUCGUCCCAUUCAUCCUCAUCACAAGUGUCGCUUCCGGUCUUCUCCUCCUCACUGAGGACACCCCAACCGGCAAGUGGUCUGAGCGCGGCGCUGUUGUUGCCCCCAUCGAUCACUCGCACGCCUCGGUUGUCCCCACAGCCGGUGGACUUGCCGACAAGCCAUCGAACGUGACCUCCGGAUCCAUCUCAUCUGCCGACGAGAAGAAGCAAAAGCCACUCGCUCACGGCGACGUCGAGUCAGCCACCGGCGAUGUGCAGAUCAUCGACGAAGUCCAGCACGAGAUCGUCGUCAAGCCAACAUUCAAGGAAGCCAUGAAAGUCGUCCUCUCACCCCAAACCCUCAUGCUUUGCGCUGGUUACGUCUGCUCUUUUGGUGGUGAACUGGCUAUCAACUCUAUCCUUGGAUCUUACUACCUCAAGAACUUCCCAGCUCUCGGCCAAACCAACUCCGGGCGAUGGGCAGCCAUGUUCGGUCUCCUCAACGUCAUCACACGACCGCUUGGUGGUUUCAUUGGUGAUGUGAUUUACAGGUCGACCAACCACAACCUGUGGGCAAAGAAGUUCUGGAUUCACUUUGUUGGCGUCAUGAGCGGCAUCUUUCUCAUCAUCAUCGGCAAGCUUGAUUCGCACGACCGUCCUACCAUGAUUGGACUUGUGGCACUGAUGGCUAUCUUCCUGGAGGCUGGCAACGGCGCCAACUUUGCGCUUGUACCUCACAUUCACCCCCACGCUAAUGGUAUCCUGUCUGGUAUCGUUGGCGCGUCUGGAAACUUCGGUGGCAUCAUCUUCGCCAUCAUCUUCCGCUACCACGGCAAGAACUAUGCACAGGUCUUCUGGAUCAUCGGCAUAAUUGUCAUUAUAUUGAACACUGCUUUCAUGUGGGUUCGACCGAUCCCUAAGGGCCAGAUUGGUGGUCGCUAG